AAUGCGACAGUAGGCGCCUUUGCUGCCGGCAGCACUUUGGGCGGCCCAGUGGUGACGGGCACUUUUGCGCAGGCAAGUGCCAACGGCCAUGGCUUAUCGGUACAACGCGCGCAUACGCCCGGCAUUGGCAGCACCUUAUCUGCUGGUGCUCAUGCCAAUCUCUUUAAGAAUGAUACGCAUGCCGUCAGCGCUACUGCUAUGCACUCUCGAACACAAUUGCAAAAUGAUUUGAAAUUCGAUCGUUCCAGCAUCGGUGUGGGCUAUAAUCACGCACAGGGCCAUGCCGCCGCAGUGACCGCUUCUCGGAUACCACAAUUCAAUAUGACUACCAUCGAUGCGACUGCUAAGGCAAAUUUGUGGGCCUCGCCGGGUCGUGCGACCACAUUGGAUAUGACUGGCAAUGCCACGCAUCACUUGAGCGGACCAUUGGCUGGAAAGAAUAAUUUUGGUGGCGCUUUGGGGUUUACGCAUCGCUUUUGAAUGCCAAGCUCUUUGACCUUGAAAUGUUUGCGAAUUUUAAAUGAUCUGUGGUGGGGCAGUGGUCACGAUUCUGGGCUUUUUCAUACAAUAUUUGAAAUUAGAUUUUUUUUUGUAAUGGGUUUUAAGAGGGUUGCCACCUGUUGAAAAAUGUAAUCCUAUAAGUACAAUAAAGUUUUACAAUAUGGAUGUCAA